ACCAAGCUCAUGGCUACGGACGGGUAGAUCACGGGCUCAAUCGAUUAUUGCAUCGCGCCAAGCCGGUACCGCUCAAUUCGUCGCGAAAAUCAUCGGAUUUUUUUCGGAACUACCUCCCCUUCCGCGAUUUUUAUCGUCCUUGACGUCACAGUUUAGGACACGCACAACAAAAUAAGGACUGUUUUCACUUAAUAUUCAGUUGUUAAUUAAAAUAAACAAACAGGACAGUGAUUUAUAAACAAUUAAAUUUAUUUUUUUCUAAUUUACUUAACCUAAUUUAUUCAUAUGUAUAUUUAUAUACAUUUACAGACUGUGAAUAAUAUGCCCGUAGUGAUUUAAGACUCUUAGUAAUAUACAAAAAAAACAUAAACAUUUAAAAUUAAACUUGACAAUAAUUUUUAUCGGUAAAAAAUGGAGACUUGCGUACUGAUUCCGCAGGAGUUCAGUCUCUGCGUUCGUCCGCAGGACAAGACGGCCAACGGUGAUCCUGAGGUGUCCGUUUGGUCCAAUUCCGCCAUAGCUCAAGGCUCGCUGUGCUACCCGUUCCAGGGUACUAUUCGGAUCGACAAGCUGGAUGUUUAUAGUACGCUGGAAGAUGACGACAUACGUCAUAGAUUUGGCUGUUAUGAUGAAAUUUCCACGAACAACGGUCACAAAGUACGGCAUUGUAACUGGGUGCGUUUCAUACGAGUAGCUUCCGCCUUCAACCCUUCCGUCAAUUUCGUCGCAACCAAAGUACGAGGUGAACCUGUGUAUGAGGCAGUCAAACCCAUUCCUCCCGAUACGGAACUCCUAGUGUACUAUCUCCCUGAACGACCGGAAGAGUUGUUUUUCGUCAGGAUGAGGGCCAGUUUAUACAGACAAACAAUGGAUUCUAUUUUAGAAGAUUCCCCUUUGGAUCUCUCGAUGUCCCUCCUUUCCAGAGGACUUUCUGGAUCACCGCCAUCCGCCGAAGACGAACGAAAAUCAGUGUCUGGUGAUUCGUCUGCCGCUUCUUCACAGGGUGAUCUACCCGAAACGACCGUGCCAACGCCUAGAGCCCGUCCGCGAGAAAGAACGUUACUACCCUGUGGAGUUUGUAGCAAAGCCUUCGACAGACCUUCGUUGUUAAAAAGGCAUAUGAGGACGCAUACGGGAGAAAAACCUCACGUGUGCAUGGUGUGCGGCAAAGGGUUCAGCACGUCCUCGUCCUUGAACACGCACCGGAGGAUCCACAGCGGAGAGAAGCCCCAUCAGUGCCCCGUGUGUCUGAAAAGGUUCACCGCUUCCAGCAACCUCUAUUACCAUCGCAUGACACACAUCAAGGAUAAACCACAUAAGUGCAAUCUCUGCAGUAAAUCCUUCCCCACACCUGGUGAUUUAAGGUCACAUAUGUACGUCCAUUCCGGUUCGUGGCCCUUCAAAUGUCACAUUUGUUCGAGAGGAUUUUCAAAACACACGAACCUCAAAAAUCAUCUAUUCCUCCACACAGGGAAACCUAAUGGAUCUACGCGCAAAGGCUGAAACUUUCUAAACUUGGAAGUGAAUCGAUCCAUCCAUUUUUAUCUGUGAAGGCUGUACGUAUAGAACAUAUCCGUCCAUUGAUAUAGUGAGGCUUUAGCGAUUAUUAGAAACAAACAAAAAUGGACUUGUAUACAAGACAUGGUCUGUGCUGGCGAAAUAUCGCUUGAUUCAUAUUAUUAUGCCUGUGUGAUAUCGUAGGUUGGUAGAAAAUGUGAUGUUAAGUAGUUUUCAAUAAUUUUUUGGUAUUUUUAAACUAUUUCCUAAAACCAUAAUUCAAUACAAAAAUUUUCUUUGCAUUUAUACUUUUCAAUUCAAUUAACACUUGAAAAUUGAUUUACUUGGUAUUACCAAUUAAAAUUAAUGAGAAAUAAAUUCUUCGGCACAAAAUUCCGCCAACCCAAAAUUUUGACUAAGUUUGAUGUUUCACUUUUUUUGUAAUCCGAUUUUUAUGAUUAUGAUAUUAGUUUGUAGGUAAAUUUGUUGGCAUUAUUUUUAGUAUUGUAAUGGUUUAUAUAUUUCGGUUUGGUGGGUUUAUACCAGGUAUAUGUAUUUAUUAUAUUAUAUAUAAAAAAACAACAUUUACCCCUGUAUAAACCCACCUAACCGAAGAACAUAAACUACUAAUAUAAUAAAAAAUAAUGCGAAUAAAUUUAUCUCCACACUGAUACCAUAAUUAUAAAAAUUGGAUUACAAAAUAAAAAGUUAUGAAACAUCAAACUUUUAAGUAAAAUUUAAAAGUAAGUCAAAUUUUUAAGGUCGGGAAUGUUGUGCCGGGGAGUAUAGAUUUAACUAUUUUAUUUUUGUAGAAAUGGUAUAAAAAUAAAGCUCAAAAAUCAGUAAAAUAAGGAAAACUCGUUCUACAGUCUUUAUGACCGAAACAGUAAUUACAUUAAGAGAACGUGAAACGCGUUUUCCAUUGAGAAGCUAAAUUAUUACUUAAUGAGCUGGCGUUGCGCUAAUGCCGCUUGUUAAGUACUUAACCUCUCAUUGUAAAGCUAUCUUAAUACUCUUCUUAAGUUAUUAAAGAAGUGGUUACUGUUGAAUUUAUUGUUCUAUCCAAUUAACAGGCCUAUUCGGUAGUAUCGAGUUCGUAGGUGCAGACAGAUAAUAGUCAUUUUUAUCUAGUUAAGUUUUAUUUAUACUAUUUUUUGUUAUCCAAAUUUUUACUUAUUUAUAUUUUUUACAUAGAUGGUUUUAUAUUGUAACUCGUACGUACUAUGACAUAUG